GCCACAGUGGCUGAGCGGUGGUAGGGACUGUCAUCCUGCCUGGCCGCCCGGUUUUUUGGAGAGAGCAAGUUGGCAAGGGGAUGUUCCUGCGAUGAUGGCGCUGCAGCUGAAGAGUGGGGAUGCAGCUUACUACCAGAGUGCAGAAUACUGCAGAAACUACACCUCGCCUCCUGUCAGCUACGGUGACAGCAGCCAUUAUCUUGCCCGGUUGCCAGGACCAGAAGCCAUGUUGAAGCCUCCUCUGAGUCUCUUCAGUCAUCCCCAACAGCCCUUCCAACACAUGGAUUCUCUGCACCAGCUGGGACCUCCGCCAAUGGCGCCCACGCAGCCUCUCGGCCCACCACCCAUUGCCCCCGCUCAGGCAAUUGGUCCCCCAACUAUGGCUCCCCCCCAGAGUCUAGGUCCCCCUCCCAUCACUGCUCCUCACACAUUAAGGCCUCCACCCAUCACCCCACCACACACCUUGGGCCCCCCUCCGAUGCCCCCAACUCAGCCAAUAGGGCCUCCACCUUUGCCACACACCUUGGGGCCCCCACCUGUAGAUCACACACAAGCAGUAGUGCCUCCAACCAUGGACCUCACACAGCCACUGGGGCCUCCACAUCUGAACCCUGCGCAUGCCCUGGUGCCCCCACCUGUAGUGGCACCUGCAGCUGGUCGAUUUCCCCUCCCUCCCAGCCCCUUGUCUUCGCCUCCAGCCCCCGGCCCAGAUCCUUCACAGCUACCCCCGAGGCCCCCAGGACCGGCCCUCAUCCCAGCCCCGGUGUCCAGCCUCAUCUGCGGUCCUCUCCCAGGUCAGGCAGCCCCAGUCAGCGAGCAGCCCCAGGAUGAGGGCUCUUCACUGGGGAUGGAGGAGCAGGAGGACUCUCUGGGGCUGGAAGAACUGUGUAAACCACUGUACUGUAAACUGUGCAACGUUACCCUCAACUCCGCUCAGCAGGCACAGGCUCACUACCAGGGAAAGAAUCACAGUAAAAAGCUAAGAAAUUUCUACGCUGGCAGCCAGCAGCCACCAGCCAUUAGGAUCCCAGACGUCCUCGAGGCAGCUGGCCAGACAGCCCUCAGCUCAGGAUCCAGCGACAGUGACGCAGGCAGGCAGGCGCUGUAUAAGGGGGCGCCGCGGGUCAUCUUGGCCACAGAGAACGACUAUUGUAAACUGUGCGACGCCUCCUUCAGCUCACCAGCAGUGGCACAGGCCCACUACCAGGGCAAGAAUCACGCCAAGAAACUACGUUUGGCGGAGGCCCAGCAGAACUCCAGUAACAUGGAAGCCAGCAAUGAAGCAGCCCCAAGAAGAAACAGGAAAGAUGGCAGUGAGUACAGACUGGUGAAAAACCGCCGCAGCACACAGAUGCCUGCUUCCAUGCCAGGGCCAUACUACAACCCCAGACCGAGGCAGCGCAUCCCCAGGGACUUGGCCAUGUGUGUGACUCCCAGCGGGCAGUUCUACUGCUGCAUGUGCAACUGCGGAGCCGAGCAGGAGACGGACUUCAGGCAGCAUCUGGAGAGCAAACAGCACAAGGCAAAAGUGUCGGAGUUAAGAUACCGCCACGAGAUGGAGAACCUCGGCUACAGCUAAGAGACACAGGAGGGGAGGAGGGAGAGCAAAGGCAGGGACUGGAGUGUGAAGGAGCCAUAGAGUACAGGAAGGUAAAUACUUCCUCCUGUUUGAGGGAUGUAUUUAGUUAAGCGAUCAGCCCAAGUGGCUUCAAGAUUUUGUUGCAAUUCAUUUGCUAUAAUACAGUUUAUUAGAAAGGACACAUAUGAAUAACAGUGGCUCAGAUCAAGUUUGCUAUCUACAGAGUUGAUGGUGUGAUUCCAGCUUCUCCUGUCUGCAGGUCAAAAUGUCCUUUGGCAAGACACUAAAGCCCAAGUUGCUCUUGACUUGCGGGUUAGUUUUGUCCAACCCAUUAGGAAGGACAGGAUAAUUAGAUUUAUUUUAUCUGUGUUUUUGUUCUUGAAAUUCACUCUGUAUAUUGAAUCAGGUUGCAACAUCCAGAGAAAGUGGCAGAUUUAGCAUGGAACUUAGAAGCAUAGACUAUAUAUAAAGCUUCUGAAGCCAAUGCAGAAGUGCCUUAAACCUGCAUUCUAUCACACAGCCAGCAGGGGGCGACUCCUCUGUCUGCAAAACAAAGUCAAAUGAAAAAAUGAGCCAACUUCUCACUUGAUUUGUUAACUCAGUAAACAUUUUGCUGAUGACCUUAUGGUCUCAGUCACUAGUUUUAAGACUUUGUAGAUAUAGUGUCAGGUUUGUUUGGUAAAUUAAGGUAACAUUUAGAGAGCAAAAACACAAUAAAACUGAAUAUGUCUUAAGGUAGCCCUACGUUGUGAUUGACAAGUUGUUAUCGUAUAGCUGUGUGCAGUGUCCUCAAGUUGGUUUUGAUUGCCAAAUAACAAAUUUUAUUUAGGCUUCAAAACGGUUGUCCACAAACCACGGUGACUGCAUCGAUCUUUUAUAUACAGUCUAUGCUUAGAAAGAAAAAGAAAUUCUGCUUUCGUUUAGCUAUGAAACUGAUCUAAUUUUUGAGCCAACCUCUUUUCUUCAACUUUUUCUGGUCAACUACUUCCUUCAAAACUUUAAGCGGGUUUCAUUCUGGCUCAGGGUGCAGGAAAAUGCAAAUGAAAUGCAAAGAAAUCUUGGGCUUGUUUAGGCAAUUGCGAGGCAGUCAGCAUGGAGCCACAAGGACAGAACAAGGAGACAGGUGAAGAAGUAAAAGGGAGAAGAAAAGAGAAAAGGCUUUUAGGUCAGAACAGCUUGAGAAAACAAUCGCGGAGGACAGAGUUUUUGUUUGUGACUCAUGUUUCAGUUCUUGUGUGUGAAUCAGUCCUACAGGUAUUUUUACAGGCCCUGCAGCAGGGACUUGAGGGCCACCUAGUGACCACAGGGCCACAUGGGGCCCAAAAGAGCAAAUUCAACAUCUUUAAAACCUAAUAGAGGUUUAAAAAAAUCCAAAGCUUCGAGCACUACUUGCUAAUUUAAAAAAAAAUAAAGCACAAUGAACAUCAUCUGUUAGAAACAGUGUUAUGUGAAUCUGUGAGCCUCAGCCGACCUCUUAGCGUUCCUUUGGUGUGUCCAGGCUAAAGGCUAAGCCCUGGCUGGCCUUGUUUGUGCCUUUGGAGGGAAUCAAGCUAAAGAGUAAGCUUUGGUUAGCCAUUUUGGCAAUAUAAUAGAAACCAAUCUGUAGUACUGAGUAGGUUUUUUUUUUAUAUUCCCUGUCAUCUUUCUUCUUGUAUUAACUCAACGCUAAUGUUAUGUAAAUAUGAUUAAAUUACAUUAUAGAUGUAAAUAUAACAGAAUAUACAUGAAUCCUAUUGAUUCUUUGGUUAAUGUUAGCCUAGAAUAUAUUGUAAUAAUCUAUAUAAUAAUUAUCAGGAAUCUUGUACAAAGUGUGCACUGGCUGAAUGUCUACUUAUCAGCACUGUAUGUUUGUGUGUGGAUCUCACUGUCGGCCCUCCAUAUCACUCUGGAUGGUGCCUUUCUUCUUUGGUAAAGUAACUCCGGUACCAUCAGUGUGUAGUUAAAAGCUGCUAGCCGUCACGUGGACUGUGCUGGAGGACCAUUUGCCAGGAGAGGCCGCCUCUGAAGCUGAGUUUCUUGAUGCAGAUUACAAGCUGAAUUUCUGUUUCGAGAAGCAGCCAAAAUGGCAUUGUGAGGAAAAAACGCAUUCACUAACAGUGAUGCGUGCAGCUGAAAGCAUUUAACUCCAAACUUUAAAUUAGUUUGCAAAUUGCAGAGCUCCUGGAUAUUUUUUUUGGUUCUUACACAUAUCAUUUAAUUCUCCCAAUCAAGCUUGAUUCCCAAGAGGGACAUCACCAGGUUUUACUGCAGAGUGCUGCAGAGGAGUAACAUGGACUUUGUCUGCAUUUGCACAAAGAUCUGCUUUCUGUUUGUUUGAGGAUUUUUUUUGUUGUUGUUCUUCUCCCCGUAUGACCAGCUGAUAAGUCCAACUGAUUUUUUGUCUUUAGCCUACCCUGAGAAGGUUGGUUUUAUAAUAGGAAUCUGAUUCGAUUUUCAGUUUCUUUUGAUUUAAUUUUCUGUUCCAUUUCAGUGGCGCUGAGCUUAACAUAGUGCAGACACCAGGCAUUUGGAGUUUACAGUCAUAUUUUAAAUUACUAAAAAAAAAGUGUGUACCGUGCCUUUUAAAGUUGGCUAUAAUCUCCCCUGCAUUUGAAGAUGAUAAUGAUGGAGUCAAAAUUUUUACAUAUUUGUUGUUUCCUUCACGAAAGUCUUGGCUUUGAAGACCUUAUUUACAUACUGAUGAUUCUUUAAUCCUUAAAUCGAAAAAGAUUUUAUUUACACCUAAAAAAAUCACUUUAUGUCCCAACAAAAAAACGAUUUUCCACAAGGAUUUGAAUAGAGCAGACAACCACACACACACACACACACACACACACACACACACACACACACACACACACACUCGCUCCCUACAUACCAUAAUUGAAUCAGACAAAGGCCCGAUCAGUUCACAUAAUUAGACAUGGUGGAAAGUGAGAUGAAAGCGGCAUCCUGGCUUUCUCUUUGGUUGGUUUAGCUGUGGGGAGAGGCAGCUGUUCAUAUCUUAUAUUUAUCUCCAGAGCACAAACACACACACCUGACCACACACACAAGGACACUCAGGAGAAUAGUACUGUGAGGACAAAGUGCUGUGGUGCUUUGGAGGUUUUAAACAUGAGAGAAAGGCAGAGCCAGAGGGAGAGGCAGACAGAAGACAGAAAAUGAAAUGCUAGGCUUGUUUGUUAGCCCACUGUGCCGUACAGUUUUAUCAAAAAGGAACAAAGAGAAGCUGAUGAAAGCUGAGCUGUAACCAACGCUGUGGGUGAGACACAGCUAGUCAAGGAGUUUUUCACGUUAGACAGAGUUGCUGUUAAUAGCAGUCCUCCUCCUCCUAGAAAUAACCCACUUUGUCUCACAUGAAAGCUCUAACCCUUUAUUAUGUUGACAGGCUCCUGGAUUCGAAAUGAAAGUCACACUCCAGUGCUGCUAUUGAAUGCUUUUAGCAAGUGCAGGAAAUAAUAAACUGCAAAAGAAUGGGAAUAAUGGAGAUAUCACAGGAAACUAACAGACUUCUACAGACGAGGCUAAAACAGCUUAACGUGUCCGAUAGCAAUCUGGAAACCCAUUGUGUUUGUGCUCAUGUUUGGACCCUUUAUAUCAGUAAUUCCCAACUUUUUUCAUUCUUGACCACUUAAAAUAAGGUAUUACCUGCAUGAAACCAUUUAUCACAGGUUAUGGCCAUAUUGUUGACAGGAGUUGUGAGCAGUUCAACCAAAGAUUUCUAUUUUCUUAUAAUUUGAACACAGGUAGCGCAUCAAGGCAAAAUAGCGACUGCCGUAUAAAUGCAGCAUUUAAAAAAAUGCGGAUGUGAAAAAUACUUCUUCUUAGCCUGAUGGUGACAUUUAAAAACAUUUAAAAGCAGAUUGUUUUUGUGUCACGGGGUAAUAAAGCCUCAGCUGCAUUAUCGUCCAAAUCACCAGGGGCCCCAAAACCCUCUGUUCUGUGUCAAAAAACAGUGUGAGGUUCUGGUUGGUUCCUGGGCAGAUAAUGCAGCUGCCAUAGGAACAAGGCGGACAUGAGGACAGGGCACAGACAUACACAACUCACAGAGGAGGUAGAGAAGUGGAUAGAGGUGAUCAAUAGAGGCCCAGAGGGUAAUGUGUGUGCCUGAAGAAAUGAAUCUUAUGUGUUUGAAUUAUGUUUUAGAGGCUCAUAAGAGGUUAAACUGUUCAGUAGAAGAUCCAGAAAAGUGAGAAUUUUACAUUUCCUCUCAAAGAUGGUGCAUAUAGGUGUUGUUGCAUUACUAUUGAACUGUUUUACGUGAUGCAUCAGUCCACUGCCUGUGUGUGCACCCAAUGAGUGGGUGCACCAUGUGCUGGGCGUGAAUUACAGAGCAGUCAGAGGGGAACUUGGCUCCGAUUAAUAAGCCAUGAGCUCCCCUGAAAACAUUAUUGGUGAACUUUUGGGGAGUCUCUGAAAUAUUGACAAUCAUGGAUCAUGCAUAAAAUUGGGCUGUUGUUGAUGCAUGAUUCAUGCAUGAGGAUGAUUCAUCCCAAAUUCACUUUAUGCAUGAUGCGUGGCAGCACAAUGUCUACAUAUACAAUGAGAACUUAGAACAAAACAAGGCGGCUUACUCGCAAGUUCUGGAUUUAUUUAAAAAAUCUACACCAACCAACUUUGAAAAGAAAACACAAACAUUAGCACUGAUCAGAAUAAUAAUGAAUUAAACUAUAUAACAUGCUUUAUGAAUGCAACUAUCUUUAAGUGAAGAAGCCAUAGUAUAGUUAGCACAUGGACCAUGAGACUGAUGGUCCAUAGUAGAAUACAUGUGUCGCCCUUCCUCCAGGACUUUUUGUCUAUCGCAGCAAACUAUUUUAAAACAAAAUAAUAUUUUCUGAAAGAUCACUGGUCCUUCAGUGUGGAGCGCAGACUACUUAAAAGCAUUAAUCUUAAGAUUUUUUUCACAUCAUUUAAGAAAUUCUCAAAAGCAAAAAGCUCUCAUUGAAAAUGAAUUCAAUGGUCUGAAUAAGUAGAUUGAUAUUAGUAAAUCUGUUUGUAGCUAAUGGGCUAAACCAGGACAAACCACUGGUAAAGUAUUACUGGAACAUCAGAUUAUUUUAGAUUGAUGUUGUAGCAGUAAAGCAUAAUUCUACAUAUAAGGAUUUGUGUUGGUUGCUCACGUUCAUGAAAAUCACGUUUUUUUUUACCUUAUUAAUACGUGUAUAUGGUGUUUUUAUAUGGGAGAAGACACAGUGAAAGAAGCAGUCAGCACCGUGGCUGUGCAUUCUCACCUUAAAACUGCAUCUGAAAAAGACAGAUUUCUGGGAGCUUUUCAGGCAUAACAAACCUUUCCAUAGGUGAAUUACUCCAGUAUUGCAAUUUAACAUUGUGUAGUGUAGGGUAAUCUUACGGUGUUUCAACAGAGUAGGGGAGCUGGUGUGCUCAGUAGCAGUGAGUGGUUAGACGUGGGAUUUUAAUAGAUCUGCACAUUCUAGAGGAAGCAACCCUGCAGAGUUGCGUUUAAGCCAUUUUAAGGCAGGAAGAUGAUUUUUUUCACAGAAAAGUUUCUAAAUAUAUAACUUUGAUACACAGAGCUGAGUUUUUAUGGGUUUAAUCAUUAAUCAGAGAGGGCCACUCUGGUAAAUAAAAAAAGGCAUUUAUGAGCAUACGUCCCUUACUUGUUAAUUGGUUUAUUGUUUUGGCACUUUACUUUUGCUAUGUGGUCACUAAAAUAGAUGAGAUUGCGUUAAUCUUUUUUAAAAGACUGUUUAGUUGUUGUUUGCUCUGAUAAAAUGCUGAAACUGUUCAAAUACUUGUACUGUUUCCAUUUGUUUUCUUCUAACUGUGUUUACUUGUUAAAGACUAUAGGGACUAGUAACUAUAACUUACUGAUAACUGUUAGUUUCACUGUUAUUAACCAAUGCUGAUGUGAAUCAGCACCAUAAGUUAUAAGUUGAACUUCAGAGCUUCACUGUAAAUGGCAGAGAGGUAUUACGUAUCGCACUGUAUAAAUUGAACCUGGUUUAUUUCGUGCAUGAGUAAAGUCAUAACUGUUGAGAUGUUUCUAUUACUGAGAGAAAAUAUAGGAAUGCUGUUCAAGAAUGUUUUUAUGAGGUUUAUAUAACAGACUGGUUGGUUGGAAAUGUCUGUGUGCUGUGAUGAAUCUACAAACUGGUACAGGAAAAAAAAAUCACCAUUUUGCACUGAGUAUAAAAAGCCACCGGUGUUUAUAAGGAAAAGUAUGCUACCAUAUGGUGUUGAGUUCCAGCCAAGACUUUGCUAUCAUUGUCAUUAUUUGCUUCUCAAUUAUUCUAAUCCUAAUGUUUAUGAGGUGAGAAGCUGAAACUGUUGCAAAUGUGUAUUAUAUUUGUAAUUGUGUGUGUUGCUGCGUGUGCUGCACUGUUGGACUGAGCAGAUCAGGGUAGAUGGGCAACACAGUGAUGAUAAGCAGGAACAACAGAACAGCUGUAGCACAAAUUAGUAAAAAAAAAUGUUUACCAUACUGCAGAGAAUUAGAUGAUGGACCUCUACUGGUCUACAAUUUUAGUGUCUACAAAAAAGUGUCAGGCACAAACUUUGUAUCAAAAGCACCAGAAAAAUUUUAACUUGGUGCUCAAAUCAGUUCAGGUCUGGUGUGUUUAUGAAAAUGAAUCCAUUUAUUCAUUCUUUAUUUUUCUUCGAGGCUUUUUAAGUCCAUCUGAGAUAUUAGGUAGAAAUGCUCACCAGAGACAAUCCACUGUUAACACAAGGACAUCACUCCUCAUCACAAUCAUCCCCACAAUCAGAACUAAAGAAUCUUUUUGAUAAACGGUGAAGAGUCUUUAAUCAGAACUAAUUAAGCGAAUUUCUCCAGACAGUGUACCACCUGGACGAUUGACAGCUUCACAUCUUUUGGGAAAAAAUUCUUUGUUUGACACCAAAACUGCCUUUUAAAGGACUAGUAUGACAUUCUUUGAAAAUGUGCUUUUUCUCCUUUCUUGCUGAGAGUUGGAUGAGAAGAAUGAUGUCACUCUCAUGCCUUCGCCUUGUAUCCAUGAGGUGUUUAGCGUAGCUUAACAUAAAGACUGAAAAAGGGGAAACAGCUUCCCAGGCUGUAUCCAUAAUUCAAAGAUCUGUACUUGCACCUCUAAAGCUCAUUAACUAAUAUGACAUAUUUUUGUGUUGUUAUCUGUGUUUUUAUGGUUAGACAUUUUAUACUGCAGUCAUUUCUUGCCGAACAUUUUUUUAUCCACCCAACAUUUCUCGUUGGUGUCUCUGCUGGCUUCCUGGCCAUGUCUCAUUGACAAUAAUCUAGAAAGACACCAGUCCUAGAGUGUAGCUAAGGCUGGAAUGCGGGACUUUUACGUAGAAUAAUGUGCUUCACAUUCAAGGUCGAACCAAACGAGUUCACACAAUGCUGAUUAGGUCUAUUGGUGCCAGGUACAUCCCUCUGCAUUUCACAGUUUUAAAUGCACUGUCUCCAGCCACAAACCCAUUUCGGUGCACUGUGUUGUGGGACUGCUUUGCCAGAGCUGAAGAAGAGAGCAACUGUAGCAACGGCAGCAAUGCCAGACUGCAAAAACAAAUCAAAAAAAUCUCAAAAGUCUAAAAGGCGCACUGUUGGUUUAAAGUUCUUUUAUGGCCCUUGGAUAGCAGUGAUGAUCUUCAGGCCCAAAGCUUUGAGAAAAGGGAACUUCACUGACAUGUGCAGCACAAAUCUAAUAUCACAGAAAUGUGUUGCAAAGAACAAACCUCAACUUCCUCAUUAUCAAGUACUGAGCCCACACAGACAUGUCUGAAAUGGUCACAAAUUGGGACCCAAACUAGUGUUAAAAAUUAAAAGUUUAAAAGUGCUGUAGGUAGAUUUUUCAAAAUUAAACGAAGACCAACUGUUUAGCCCUGUUCUCAGUCUUCGUGCUAAACUAGGUUAAUCAUCUCCUGGUUCCAGAUUCACUGUUAGCACUCAGAUAUGAGAGUUGUAUCGAUCGUCUCAUUAAACUCAGCCAGAAAGUGAGUCAACCUAUUUCCCAAAUGUCUGUUUUCUGUAUUUGUGUCUGUUCAUUUCAGCUGUAUUGGUCUCUAAUGAAACAGGUUGUGCUUGCUUCACAUAAAAGCCCAUGUAUCCUGGUCCACACAUUAAGUGAGUCUGUACACUGUCAGAGCUCAGGACCUUCCACCUCCAUUUACUGUCGGGGAGCCCAGAGCUCCAAGCAGCAUCCCUGCCGGACAGUAUAAACCUCCGUACUCUCUGUGAAAACCUCAGCACACUUUCAGUGCCUCUAAACAAUGUUGCCAAUAUACCACUGACUGACUGACUGGAUGCUUGGACAGAUGAUUCGCUGAUUUCCGAGGCUGUGUGUAUGUGUGUUUUCUGACAGAUGAAUAAACGUGCAGAUAAUAACUGAG